GGGUGCUGCAUGAGGGGCCGCAGGGGCGACCGCAUGACCAUCAACAUCCAGGAGCACAUGGCCAUCAACGUGUGCCCCGGGCCCAUCCGGCCCAUCCGCCAGAUCUCUGACUACUUCCCCCGCCGGGGACCGGGACCCGAAGGGGGCGGCAGGGGCUUCGGAGAGGCCCCAGCCCGACUGGCGCCCCUGGCCUUGGCGCCCCCCGCAGCCCUCCUUGGGGCCACCACGCCUGAGGAUGGAGCUGAGGUGGACAGCUAUGACUCGGAUGAUACCACCGCCCUGGGCAUGCUGGAGUUUGACCUUCUCUAUGACCAGGCUUCCUGCACGCUGCACUGUAGUAUCCUCAGGGCCAAGGGCCUCAAGCCCAUGGAUUUCAAUGGCCUGGCCGACCCCUACGUAAAGCUGCACCUGCUGCCUGGAGCCUGCAAGGCCAAUAAGUUAAAGACAAAGACUCAGAGGAACACGCUGAAUCCUGUGUGGAACGAGGACCUGACAUACAGCGGGAUCACGGACGAGGACAUCACCCACAAGGUGCUCAGGAUCUCCGUCUGUGACGAGGACAAGCUGAGCCACAACGAGUUCAUCGGGGAGAUCCGCGUGCCCCUCCGCCGCCUCAAGCCUUCACAGAAGAAGCAUUUUAACAUCUGCCUGGAGCGCCAGGUCCCGCUGGCUUCACCCUCUUCCAUGUCUGCGGCGCUGAGGGGCAUCUCCUGUUACCUGAAGGAGCUGGAGCAGGUGGAGCAGGGGCCUGGGCUGCUGGAAGAGCGAGGACGCAUCCUGCUGAGCCUCAGCUACAGCUCCCGGCGCCGGGGGCUGCUGGUGGGCAUCAUGCGCUGUGCCCACCUGGCCGCCAUGGAUGUCAACGGCUACUCCGACCCCUAUGUCAAGACGUACCUGAGGCCCGAUGUGGAUAAGAAAUCCAAGCACAAAACGUGUGUGAAGAAGAAGACGCUCAACCCGGAAUUUAAUGAGGAGUUCUUCUACGAGAUGGAGCUCUCCGCUCUGGCCACGAAGACUCUGGAAGUCACAGUCUGGGACUAUGACAUUGGCAAAUCCAACGACUUCAUCGGUGGCGUGUCCCUGGGGCCAGGCGCCCGGGGAGAGGCCCGGAAGCACUGGAGCGACUGUCUGAGGCAGCCGGACGCAGCCCUGGAGCGCUGGCACACCCUGACCAGCGAGCUGCCCCCGGCGGCCGGCGCCCUGCCCUCAGCCUGA